UGCAUCCAAUCGAAUUCGCCAUUUAGAUACGAUUGCAUAACAACAUAGCAGUUUUACGAACGAUCGACAGUCGUUUACUACUUAGUUCACGACGUGUCGAUAAGUUUGUCGCACUUCACGGUGCGUCAAAAGUUGAACAUGCCUCGGUAUUCCAAUCACGACCCCUGGAACACCGAUCAAAAUUGACUGCUGCGAUGACGGCUCGACGUAUAGGCCAGAUGCACGCUUUCAAAUGGCUUGGUAACGCAAACGACCCUUUCGACCUAGAUCUCGCGAGCAAAGAGAUUUCUUGGUAGCUACAACUAUGGAAAGCGUUUCCGCCAUAAUUUUGGGCUUGAUCCUGAUGUUACCGCUGCUCGUACAACUGCAGACGCUUGUCGUACGUGAUCAAGAUCUGCAGCACCCUUGGAAGUUGUUUGCGGCAUGCCGCUUGACGGAGAACGCGAGCGAUGACGCAACCUGGUGCAGGCGCAACCUAGUGCAGCAGCACUACCCCAAGUUGCCGGACCUGUUAAACUCCAAUUCCGAGUCCAGAAUGGUGGUAUGCUCGACAAGGACUAUCCUCUCGUCACCCGCCGUGCCGCGUGUCGCGUCUGCCGACCGGCAGCAGCAGCAGCAGCAGCAGCAGCAACAGCCCGCUAGAAAAACGAUUCCGCUGGUGCAGCACUCGUCGACCUUCGUCGCGACGCGAAUCGAGCUGCCGGUCGUCGAUAUAACGUGCAACUACAACUCUUAUCGUUAUAAGACUCUCGAGAAGAGCCUGAGAGAGCGGUACGGCGUGAAUUACCCUCCGGGCGAGGUGGUGCUAAAUUAUAUCCAAUUAAAUAUGCCGGACUCGAGGACGCGACACGAGAACGGCGUUGGCAACGAUCUACUGGAUUUUUUCGACGUCAACGACACCAGCACGUAUUCGUCGUCGGUGUCCACAAAAUUGGAAACGGAAUAUCUGAAUCUCCUGGAUCAUUUCGUGUUGAGUGAGCGGGAGAAGGCUCUGACCGCGGGCAAGUUUACCGAGACGUCUUCGUUUGCGGAUGAAAGAAGUCUCGAACUGUCGUCUUCCCAUGCCGGUACAUGGAGUCAAUCUACCCUGAGAAGUUCAGCUACUCAGGAAAAGGAAUCCGGGUCGUCUCGAAAUCAACGUCCCUCGAAAGGUAUUGAAUACAACCAAGGCGGCGGCGCAAAUAGAUGUCUCAGCAGCUCGCAGAGGGUGCUCAGGCAAUAGUGUGAAGCGAGUUCGAUCGCGCGAGGAUAGGCGGUAAUCCCAUCCGUGAGCGCUGGUCCAACCUGCAAUCUGUCAUGAAGUCAGAGAGAAAAUACACAGGAAAAUGGUAAGUUUAGCGCCAAAGGAGAUAAAAGUACAGCGGAGUCUUUGGUCUGUGCUAUUAGCUUUUAGUUUAAGCCGGAAAUUCUAGACCGGAAGCUCCGGGGUACGGGCUGCAGGUGGAGCAGCCUCGUGAGAAAGAGCAUGGUCAGCGGAGGGACCAGCCGAACGUGAAACGUAAGGACCAGAUCCCGGAGACUGCCAGGGAGGAUACACACAAGGGGUAGAAAAGAGAAUUUAUAUUGAAACUUAUUCUCGAGUGUCGAAUAAGCGAGGUUUACUUAGCGCUCUUCGUGAGGGGGCUCGCGUUGAAAUUCGAUUAAAACCAGAGAGAUAAUUAACCAGUUUUGCGAGAGACUUCGAUUGGGAAAACUUUCGCGUUUUUGACCCGAGCGGAGAUUGACGCAGAUCCUCCUCCCGUGCAAUUUUCCGGCGAUGACUAAGCUAUCCGUUUCUGACACGCUCGUUUAAUCACAUUAAUUACAUUUUGAUUUGCUCGUCAAUGCGAACGUCGACGAUAACGCUUAUCAUAAUUGAGCAUUUAAAAAUCGGGAAAAGUAGCAAUCAUUUUAAUUUUGAAGCAUACAUUGUUAAAUUUGUUAUAAAUUGUAACGAGAUAAUUGUUUAAUCAUCUCUAUGUCAUCAGUGUCUUAUUUAAUAUGUCGUUAAUUAACUAAGACAAUGAAAUUAAAUUCUAUUUAAUUCAAGAAAUGAACUCAUGUUUAAUUUAUUGUUUACUAGGUAUGCGAUAUAAUGUUGCUUAUUUUGAAACAAAACGUUUCAACCACAAAAAUGGAUUAAUUAAAUGUGGUCUUUAAACUAUAUUUUUUAACUGUAUGUUAAAAAAUAAAUUUCAAAACACACAUACGAAAGUUAAAAAUAACAAAAUAUUAUUUAAUUCAAUGAAAUUAAAAAAAUUUUUUUUUCUUUAAUAUUUAACAAUGUACCUCACAUUUUUAUGUAACUUUAUGUAACGACUCAGAAUAUUCAAAAUUAAAACCUUUUCACUAAA